ACUGUCAAAACAACAAUAACGGCUGCGAUUGUUCAAAGAUCCCUCAAUCCCAGUGGAAAAAUAUACGUGUAGCCUUCGUUUGUAAUUAAAAUUUGGUUGCAAAUAUGUCUGAAGGGCUGUUUUCAAUUUUUGGCGAUCGAUUCGUAACACAGGCUGUGCAAAAUGUGAUCCGGCAGCCACUAUCUAAUAACGAAAAUAUUGGCAAAACCGUUAAAUCGGUUUCUACCGGUCCUGUAAAGCCUAAUGAGCCAGUAAAAAAGGCGGGAGAAAUUAAGAAAUCUUUUCUCUCGAAGAAGGGUACUGCGUUACGUGAUAUCCAAACUCCACAAAAACCUCUAACUCCUAGAUCAAAGAACAUUGAAACGUCAGCAAAGAAGAUGUUUUGUUCUCCUUUCAUUUAUAGUGACGAAAAUGAGAAUAAUGAAAAUAUCCAGAAGCAUUUGGAGGAAAUGGAAUUCACAAAGCAUACAUAUAAAUGUAAUAAUUACCACUUGGACAUAAUGGAUUUCUUAUUUGAAGAGCCAAAAGUACUAGAGCACUCAUCUCCACCAAAUACACCAACUCCUAAGGCUUCCAAUCACAUAUUGGAACGAAAUGAUUCUUUUGAUGAUGAUUUCUUUGAAGAUGACCUGGCAGACAAUGGUUACCCUGCUCUAUUUGAAGAUGACGAUCUUCCAGAACUCUACUAAACCAAACCUAAUGACUAGAAUUCCGAUUUGAACAGUUAUUAAUUAAUAACUUAUGCUUAUAGGCCUGCCAGAAUCU